AGAAGACAAUACGGAAGUAAAACGGGGUUUGUUUUGUUUGUGGCAACCAUUCUUUCCUUGUGAACGAAGCGAAAACUCGCUGAAAAUCCAACUCUGUCGACUGAAAAUGUCUAAAUUACAGUUGUUGCAUGUGUUUUUAAAUGAACGUUUAAAGGCGGCUGCUGUGGAGAUUUUCGGAGCAGUUGAGAAAACGGUAGCGGAGUACCAGGAGGAGAAUUAUCGUCUACGGAGACUACUGCGGAUAACACCGGACAUAAAACCAUGUAAAAUAGCUCGUAUCAUUUCGAUCUAUUCUGCCUUAAAAUUGCAAACAGCAGUAAUUACACUUUUGGUAAACAUUUUGUUGAGACACAAAUCGAGCUUUGUAGUAUGUUUUUAUCUUGUUACAAAGUGACCUGGUAAAAUGAUUUUAUGUUUAAGAGAAACAGGAGUUUCCAAUUUGCAAUAACUAACGUUAGUUGUUCAGAGAAGGGUGGAAUCUUGCUUCGUUCCUGCAUCGCCAUUGUUUACAGACAGCUCGUUGCGGACGCUUCCAUAGCCUGGCGUCCUUGAUAAACCAAAUCUAAACUAUUCGAAUUCACCAUAAAGGUUUCCAGUCAAGAAGCAUAUUUAGUAUAUCUACGAACAAUACUUAAUAUUAGACGUGUUGAAUGUGCUGUUCCGUUUAAAACAGUUUAUCUACGGUCUCCCAUUUUCCGCCUGUGCCAUUCUAGACCAGUCACUCGAGAGUAAAUUACAAUGUAAUCUCCCACUUCGGAAAAUUAGAGACCCGGGAUAAAAAGCUGUUUUAAACGCAUACUUGUUAGCGUAGGAGACUUUCAACACAUCAAAUUGUAAUUAUUGUUAUAUGCCUCUGUUGUCAAAGUUACGAAUUGUGCUCCGCAAUCACACACUAUUGGUUCAGAGUGCAGUAACUUCAUUUACUGCCAUUUGUCUUGUUUUUUUACUUAGAUUAUGAACUACAAAAUCCAAGUAAAGGAACGGACAUUUUUCAUUAAGAGCUAAAAAAAACAUGCGACAAUAGCAAGCCUAUCCUCUCAUAUUAUUGAACAUGCAACUACUGUAAUGAAGCAGAAAAUGGAAUGCAUCCUUUUCAAACAUUUGCCAAAAUGCAAUUUGCGGGAAAACACUCUUCUAAAAGACGCACCUGAUAAAAACAGAUUCAUGUGACCGAGAUAAACAUUUUUCAUUCGAAAUUUAGAGGGAAAAUGUAAAUGUGCAACACCUAGGAAGGGUUGUUACUAUGACUGGGAUUGUGACUUUGGCAUCUUGACAACGAAAGAAAGUUGAUAUAAAAACCAGUAGAACAUGAGGCUGUGAAACGUUUUGCACCUCUCGCCCACUGCUCCCUGUAGCCUGCCUAGCAACGAGUCUCGGCUCACUGACAGCCAUUAGUUGACGUAAGAAAGCACAUUUUUAACUCUAACUCACUGUACAUUAAUAUUUUCGGCUAAAUAACAAUUCCCCAUCGACCAAGACGCUGUCUGUUUUAAGACCGAUUUUGUUAAAUUCGGACACCAAUUUAAUUCCACCGAAUUAUGCAAAUUAACCGAUAGACUGAUAAGUAUGACGGUCAAAUGUAUUUUCAGUGACUAAUGGUCAACUUUUAUUAACAUCCCUACUGCAGUUACUGUGGCUUGCCUUGCUAUUCUACCGGGUUCCGAGUUCAGGCAAUCCUGAUCAUAAUUAGGCACACACCAUAAUACUGGCAGUGAUCCAGUUAUCACCAGAAUAAACAUACCACAGUCCUGCGCAACAAUUACGAUGGAACUGCAAAUACCCAUAAAUGACUCCUUGCAGCUCUCUCUCGCUGUUUCUGAAGAGAAUAUUCCCUGUGAGCAGCAACACUUUGAGCAGGAGUGGAGCCCCAGUCUGGGGCAGGAGGACCCAGAGCCCACACAGAUUAAACAGGAACAUGAGGAACUCAGGCCCAGUCAGGAGGAAGAGCAGCUUCAAGGGCAGGAGGCUGACAUCAUAGAGUUCAAAUUACCUCAUCUUUAUUUGAAAAGUGAUUGUGAUCAGGUGAACCCUCUUCAUUCCUUGACUCUUCCCCAAACCCAGACGGUGGAGAACAGAGAGAGUGCCUCUAAAUCAGUGGAUCUCAUACCAUUUGUCACUGUUUCCCACCUGAAGAGUCUUGACAUUCCCAGUGACACUCCAGAUAAUCAAAACAAUGCCUACAGUCACAGCUCAGCUGUAAGCAGUGACCCAGUAGGACUUGACAGCAGCCCACCAUUGGAUCCCAUCCCAUCAAUGGGGGAACACUGUUCCAAACCCAGCACCACAUCUAGAAAAACUCACCGCUGCUGUGACUGUGGUGAAACUUCUGCUCUGAAAGCUGGCCUGCAGGGGCAUGUGACUCUCACCAGGAAGAGACCCAGUGAAUGCUGCCUCUGCAAAAAACGGUACAACUCCACCUGUAAAUUGAAGGCCCAUGUCAGACUCUGUCACGUGGAGAAACCCUCCACCUGCCCCUUUUGUGGAAAGACCUUCAAACUCAAAGGAGAUCUGUCCAGACAUACGAGGAUUCACACAGGAGAGAAACCAUUUAGCUGUGGAGACUGUGGUAAGAGUUUCAAUCAGAAGGGACACCUAACUGAACAUAUAAGGACUCACACCGGAGAGAAACCAUUUAGCUGUGGUGACUGUGGGAAAAGCUUCAUUCAGAAGGGGGACCUAAGGAGGCACGUACUGACUCACACCGGAGAGAAACCAUUUAGCUGUGGUGACUGUGGGAAAAGCUUUAAUCGGAAGGGAAACCUGAACUUGCACAUACUGACUCACACAGGAGAGAACGUCCACAAAUAAAGAAACAAGUCAAGAAAACAGAAUGAAAACACAAAGAGGAAACGAAUUAGGACAAAGACAUCUUGUCGGAAGAUGGACAACACGCUUUGGAAUCUCUUGAUCAUUCAUUCUCUGGAUUUCAGACAAAUAGAUGUCAUGAAUUUUCUUUUGUAAAAUGUUACAUGUAAAAAAAUUUUUUUUAAAGAAGUUUGAUUUGAUCCAACACUACAGAGUAGUUGAAAACUCAUGGUCUGCUGUUCAAAGUCUCUUGAUGUAUUCACUUCAUUAUAAACAGGAAUUCCUGGUCGUUUGUUUUAAGAAUGUCUGGAAAAUAUAAAAAUGUAUACGCCAA